AGAGCCUCCCCUUUCCCAUCUUAACGCGCCGCGUCCACCCGAGCCGGUUUCUGUAGCCUCCUACACUUACCGUCACCGACCGCGAAAAAAUUCCCCCAAAACCCUAGCGGCGGCGGCGCGCGCUCCCCUCCCCACCUCCGCCGCCGCGGCGUCGAGGCAGCACCGGAGGGCGAUGGCGUCGACGGUGCUGGAGGCGACGCGGGCGAAGCACGAGGACAUGGAGAGGCUGGAGCGGCUGGCGGUGCGGGAGCUGCAGCGGGAGCCCGCCAACGCGCGCGACCGCCUCUACCAGUCCCACCGCGUGCGCCACAUGCUCGACCUCGUCAUCUCCACCUCCGGCAAGCUCGUGGAAAUCUACGAGGACAAGGAUAAUGCUAGGAAGGAUGAGAUCUCCAACCAUCUUAGUUCCACAGUGCAAGCUGAAAUCUUUCCAAAGUUCUAUGACAGGCUCAAAGAGAUCCGUGAUUACCAUAGGCGUAAUCCUUCUGCCCGUUUCGUUAGUGCAACUGAUGAUUUCGAAGAGCUACUAAAGGAGGAACCGGCUAUUGAAUUCACUGGAGAGGAAGCUUUUGGCCGAUACCUGGACUUGCAUGAGCUUUACAAUGAGUUCAUAAAUUCCAAGUUUGGAACUCCAAUGGAAUACUCAGCAUAUGUUGGCACCUUUUCUCAUGUGGAGAAGAUGGCACAAAAUCUGAAAACCUCCAGGCAAUACAGAGAAUACCUGGAGCAUAUUUUGGAGUAUCUGACAUCAUUUCUGUAUCACACAGAACCAUUGCAAGACAUUGAGAAGAUUUUUGCAAAGUUGGAAAGCGAGUUUGAAGAACAGUGGAUCAAUGGUGAAGUGCCUGGAUGGGAGAGCAAGGACCCAGAGAAAGAAUCUGCACAAGAGUCAGUAAUAGACCUUGAUUACUAUACCACUGUUGAAGAGCUUGUUGAGCUGGGCCCAGAAAAGUUGAAAGAGGCUUUAGCUGCUCGUGGAUUAAAAAGUGGUGGUACUGUUCAACAGCGUGCUGAGCGACUUUUCUUGUUGAAGCAUACACCCUUGGAACAAUUGGAUCGUAAGCAUUUUGCCAAAGGUUCACACAGUUCUGUCUCCAAUGCUACUUCUAAUGGUAACAAUUUCAAGGAUAAUUUGAAGAAGGAAAUUGCUUUAAUGGAAGUAAAGAUGAGGCGCCUUUGUGAGCUACUAGAUGAGAUCAUUGUACGGACAAAGGAAAAUGCAGAGAAGAAGCUGACUCUCACAUAUGAAGAAAUGGAAGCAGAACGAGAAGAGGAAGAAGUGCAAGCUGAUAGUGAAAGUGAUGAUGAAGACCAACAAAUCUACAAUCCUCUUAAGUUGCCGAUGGGUUGGGACGGCAAACCUAUACCCUAUUGGCUAUAUAAGCUCCAUGGUCUUGGUCAGGAAUUCAAAUGUGAGAUAUGUGGAAACCACAGCUACUGGGGGCGACGGGCUUAUGAGCGGCAUUUCAAGGAGUGGCGCCAUCAGCACGGGAUGCGCUGUCUUGGAAUUCCUAAUACUAAGAACUUCAAUGAAAUCACAUCCAUCCAGGAGGCAAAAGAACUCUGGGAGAAAAUUCAACAACGACAAGGGCUGAACAAGUGGCGGCCAGACCUAGAAGAAGAGUACGAAGAUCAGGAGGGAAAUAUCUACAACAAGAAGACCUACACUGAUCUGCAGCGCCAGGGCCUGAUUUAGAAUCCCUGAUGCGAUCCUAACAUUUUGGCCCCUAUGGGCUGCUGCUGAAGUGGUUGGCCAUUUGUUCUAUUGAACUUCGUUGACCUCUGGGUAGUUGUAGCACUCGAUACUUGUAGCACCAUGGGUACUCCAUUGCUCAAAUGUUUCUUUUCUACUACAUGGUAUAUUGCACUAUAUCCCUGUACCCUGUUUGACCAUCUGGUAUACUGUUUGCACAAUCCAGGGUUAAAUCGCCAUUGUGUCGGA